UUCACUCUUAUUAUUAUUUCUUCACUUGAAAAUUUUUCCCAUCUUGCUUUUGGUUCUUUGAGGGCUUUCUUAUUUGCGUUCUGUUUAUUAUUCUGCUCCUUUCAAUUUCCCGGUAAAAAGAUUCAAUCUUUGAAUGCUAUUUUGAGAGAAUGGUGAAAACGGCUAAUUCUCCAUCUUCUUCUCCGGUGACCAUAACGGUCUCGUCGGGAGGCAAAGGAGGAGGAAGUAGAAGCAUGGGCUUAACGAGUCCAAUACCACGAGCUUCCAUAUCAAACAACCCAAAUUCACCGCUCAGUAACAGCAAGAACCGGACUUCAAGUGGAGGCAGAUACUGUUCGAUGUCAAAAGACGACACUACAGACGAGACCAAUAGAGAAUUUGUCACUUACACCGUCCAUAUACCGCCUACACCGGACCACCAGCCUAUGUCUGUCUCACAGACUAGCCUCUCUGAUGUUAUCAACAAUGCUGGCAAGCCUGACCGGAGUUUUAUCUCUGGUACUAUCUUCACCGGUGGUUUCAAUUCAGUGACUCGUGGUCAUGUUAUUGAUUGUUCUAUGGAGGUAACCAAGUCACUCAAAUCAGGGCUUAUUUGUGGGAUGAAGGGUUGUGAUGAGAAAGCCAUUCAAGGGAAAUGUGAGUGUGGAUUCAAAAUUUGCAGAGAUUGCUAUUUAGAUUGUAUAGGAUCUAAUGGAGUUGGCCAUUGUCCUGGUUGUAAAGAACCAUACAAGGAUAUUGAUGAUGAGGAAUUUGAUGAAGAAGAUGAUGACCCUAAAAGUGAAGAAGAAGACCAAGCAUUGCCGUUGCCCAAGUUGGAUAAAAGACUUUCUCUUGUGAAAUCAUUUAAGGCAUUGAAUCAUCCUCCUGAUUUUGAUCAUACAAGGUGGUUGUUUGAGACAAAAGGAACUUAUGGGUAUGGAAAUGCUGUGUGGCCUAAAGAUGGGUAUGGAAUUGGGUCAGGAGGAAAUGGAUUUGAGCAUCCUCCAGAUUUUGAAGAAAGAUCUAGAAGGCCUUUGACUAGAAAAGUUGGGGUUUCCGCUGCAAUUCUCAGCCCUUACAGACUACUGAUCGCUAUUCGUCUGGUGGCUCUUGGUUUGUUUCUUACAUGGAGAAUUCGACACCCCAAUCGUGAAGCAAUGUGGUUAUGGGGAAUGUCCAUAACUUGUGAGUCUUGGUUUGCCAUUUCAUGGAUUCUUGACCAGCUUCCUAAGCUCUGCCCAGUAAACAGAGUGACUGACUUGUCUGUACUAAAAGAUCGUUUUGAAUCCCCCAAUCUUCGCAACCCAAAAGGCCGGUCAGACCUUCCAGGCAUUGAUGUGUUCGUUUCAACUGCAGACCCUGAGAAAGAACCCCCUCUUGUUACUGCAAACACUAUUCUCUCUAUCCUUGCAGUUGAUUAUCCAGUCGAAAAGCUUGCUUGUUACUUAUCAGAUGAUGGUGGAUCUCUUUUGACAUUUGAAGCUCUAGCUGAGACAGCUAGUUUUGCAAGAACUUGGGUUCCUUUCUGCAGGAAACACAAUAUUGAACCCAGAAACCCUGAGGCAUAUUUCGGGCAGAAGCGGAAUUUUCUUAAGAACAAAGUGAGACUUGACUUUGUCAGAGAAAGGAGAAGAGUGAAAAGAGAAUAUGAUGAAUUUAAAGUGAGGAUUAAUUCAUUGCCUGAAUCAAUUAGGAGAAGAUCAGAUGCUUAUAAUGCUCACGAAGAGCUUCGUGCAAAGAAGAAACAAAUGGAAAUGGGAGGCAAUCUAUCAGAACCAAUUAAGAUAGCAAAAGCUACUUGGAUGUCUGAUGGUUCUCAUUGGCCAGGAACUUGGACUUCUGGAGAGAGUGACCAUUCAAGGGGAGACCAUGCCGGUAUAAUUCAGGCAAUGCUUGCCCCACCAAAUGCAGAACCUGUUUUUGGGGCAGAAGCAGAUGGGGAGAACUUGCUUGACACAACAGAAGUUGAUAUUAGAUUGCCAAUGCUUGUCUAUGUGUCUCGUGAGAAAAGGCCAGGUUAUGAUCACAACAAGAAAGCAGGAGCAAUGAAUGCUCUAGUUAGAACUAGUGCCAUCAUGUCAAAUGGUCCAUUCAUUUUAAAUCUUGAUUGUGAUCACUACAUUUAUAACUCUAUGGCUUUGAGGGAAGGGAUGUGCUUUAUGCUCGAUAGAGGUGGUGAUAGAAUAUGUUACGUUCAAUUCCCACAAAGAUUUGAAGGGAUUGAUCCAAGUGAUCGGUAUGCAAAUCACAACACAGUGUUCUUUGAUGUGAGCAUGAGAGCUCUUGAUGGAUUGCAGGGUCCAAUGUAUGUAGGAACAGGCUGCAUCUUUCGCAGAACAGCUUUAUAUGGGUUUAGUCCACCUAGAACCACAGAACACCAUGGAUGGUUUGGCAGAAAGAAAAUUAAGUUGUUUUUGAGGAAACCCAAGAUAACAAAGAAACAAGAAGAUGAGAUAGCAGUGCCAAUAAAUGGAGACCACAAUGACGAUGAUGCAGAAAUUGAGUCUUUGCUCCUACCAAAAAGGUUUGGAAAUUCCACUUCUCUUGCUGCAUCUAUUCCAAUUGCAGAAUAUCAAGGAAGGUUACUUCAAGAUGUGCAAGGAAAGGGUAAUCAUGGAAGGCCAGCCGGUUCCCUUGCAGUUCCUAGAGAGCCUUUGGAUGCUGCAACUGUUGCAGAAGCAAUUAGUGUUAUCUCUUGCUUCUACGAGGAUAAAACUGAGUGGGGCAAAAGGGUAGGAUGGAUAUAUGGUUCUGUCACAGAAGAUGUGGUGACAGGUUAUCGAAUGCACAAUAGGGGAUGGAGGUCAGUCUAUUGUGUAACCAAAAGGGAUGCAUUUCGAGGUACAGCUCCAAUCAAUCUAACAGACAGGCUCCAUCAGGUCCUUAGAUGGGCAACUGGUUCAGUAGAAAUAUUUUUCUCAAGAAACAAUGCACUAUUUGCCAGUCCCCGGAUGAAAUUCUUGCAAAGGGUUGCAUAUUUCAAUGUAGGAAUGUACCCUUUUACAUCUAUGUUUCUCAUAGUUUACUGCUUCUUACCAGCGGUAUCUUUAUUCUCUGGUCAAUUUAUAGUCCAAUCUCUCAGUGUGACCUUUCUAGUGUUCUUGUUGGGUAUAACAAUUACACUAUGCUUGCUUGCACUCCUAGAAAUCAAAUGGUCAGGAAUCACUCUCCAUGAUUGGUGGAGAAACGAACAGUUUUGGUUGAUUGGAGGAACAAGUGCACAUCCUGCAGCAGUAUUGCAAGGACUACUGAAGGUUAUAGCAGGAGUUGACAUCUCAUUCACAUUGACAUCGAAAUCCAGCACGCCUGAGGAUGGAGAUGAUGAGUUUGCUGAGCUAUAUGUGGUUAAAUGGAGCUUCUUAAUGUUACCUCCAAUUACAAUAAUGAUGUUAAACCUCAUUGCAAUUGCAGUAGGAGUAUCAAGGACUCUGUACAGUCCUAUUCCACAGUGGAGCAAGCUUAUUGGAGGUGUGUUCUUCAGCUUCUGGGUUUUGUCUCAUCUCUACCCUUUUGCAAAAGGCUUGAUGGGAAGAAGAGGGAAGGUACCAACCAUUGUUUAUGUCUGGUCUGGAUUGCUCUCUAUUAUCAUUUCUUUGCUUUGGGUGUACAUUAGUCCUCCUUCUGGAACGGAAGUCUACAAUCAGUUUCAGUUCCCAUGAUUGAUAUAAAAUAGGCCUGUAUGCAGUAGUUAUUGAUUUGAAGUUUCUCAACUUCAUAUUUGUAGUUUUACUUUGUAAUUGAUUUGAAUUCUCUCCUCCAUUAUUGUUGAAGAAGUAUGUAAUCUUUUUAUUUUUACAGCUUGUGUAUCAGCAGUUGCAUUGAGUUCUUUGGAGUUAAAUUUACCUCAGAAUAUUGUAAAAUCUUAUCAUAUUUAAGAAUUAUCUGUCUCA